AGUCACUUCUUGUUCGCACGUCGUCGUUAUCAGAUCGGGUGGUUGUUUUUUUUUUUCAUCCUGGUGCAUUUGUACGAUUAUUUUCUAGAUAUAUAUAAGCGGUCGCGUGUUCUCAUAAUAUAUGGUGUUUCUACGUUCGAAGGUUUUAUUCGUUUAAGAAUCUUUGCCCCAUUGAUAUGGAUACCGAAGAGGAAUUAUACGAUGUGGUUAUAUCCGGAGUGAGUGGAAAGUUUCCAUCUUGCGAUAACUUGGAUGAGCUUAAGCAAAAGUUAUUGGAAAAAAUUAAUUUGGUUACGGAUCAGAAUUGUCGCUGGAAUAAGGACGAAUGGAACGUGCCCUCUGCAACUGGACAAGUAAGCGUGGUGAAAAAAUUCGAUGACACUUUUUUCGGUAUCUAUUCCGGAGUGGCCGGAAUGAUGGACCCUUUAACUAGGGUAGCCAUCGAAAGAGCUUACGAAGCUAUAAUGGACGCCGGAGUGAACCCGAAAAGCCUGCGAAGUGCUAAUAUCGCUGUGUACACCAACUCAUGUAUCAGUGAUUCCGAAGCUGUCGGCUGCGAUGAAAAAUUAACCGCCAAAUUUUGGUUGCUGGCUCAUGUCAGAGCUCUUUUGGCUAAUCGUAUAUCUUACGUCUUGAAUUUGCAAGGUCCGAGUUGGACAAUCGAUUCAACUUGGGUUGGAGGAAUCGAAUGUUUGAAAUCAGCAGUGCAUGACAUUAAAGUUGGACGUGUGGAUGGCGCUAUUGUAGGAGUAUCGAACGUCAUCAUGUUCCCCGAUCUAUCUCAGCACUGGUUAGGAUUAAAUAAAUUGAGUCCAGAUGGCACGUGUAAACCUUAUCAAGAAGAUGCAAAUGGUUAUGGUAGGAGCGAAGGAGUGGUUUUUCUAUUCUUACAAAGAGCCAAUGAGGCGAAACGAAUUUACGCUCAUGUUUCUCACGUGGAUGCUACUUUUUGCGGAGAAAAGGCGAAUACAUUUCUAAAACCUCGAGAGGAAGCUUUCGCAGACUUUUUCAAAAAAUUUUACAACGACUAUCCCGUACCAAUGGAUGAUAUUGCGUAUCUCGAAGCCGAUGGCUCGGCUGAUAAAUAUUUAGAUGAAAUCGAACUGAACGCGAUUGGAGACGUUAUUUGCAGUCAACGAAAGGAAACCUUGCCAAUUGGGUCGGUUAAAAGUAAUCUAGGUCAUACGGAAGGAUCUGCUUCGUUGAUGUCUAUUGCAAAAACUUUAAUUUGUUUGGAUUCUGGAGUCAUUCCGCCCAAUUUGGAUUUCGAUAACCCUAAUAAAAAUAUCAAAAAAUUGCAGACCAACGAAAUGAAGAUUGUCACCAACCAGAUUCCCUUUCCAAAUGGAAAGUUGGCAGCGGUGAACUGCGUCGGGCUUUGCUCGUCUGUUGGCCACGUGCUAUUGAAACCGAACUCAAAAGAAAAGAAGCUCGUAGUGAAUCGAAACGAGCAAAUUCCUCGUUUAGUUUUGGUGUCAGCCAGGCACGAGCCAGGAAUCCUUGGCAUGAUAGAUAAGCUGGAAUCUAUGCCAUACGAUGCCGAAUAUUUUUCCAUGAUCAACGAUGUUUUUAGAGAAAGUAUGACUGGACAUUUUUAUAGAGGAUUCACUAUUCUCGGAGCUACAGAAAAAAAGAUUCAUUUUACUUUGGAAUCUGGAACCGUCCACAAGCGACCAGUAUGGUAUGUAUUUGCUGGUAUGGGAUCUCAGUGGCCUGGAAUGGGGGCAGAUUUGAUGAACCUUCCUGUUUUCGCUGAAACCAUUAAGGAACUGGAUUCCUAUCUGAGACCUUUAGGAAUUGACAUAGUCAACGUCAUCACCAGUUUUGAUCCUACUGUGUUGAAAGAUGUUGUCAACAGUUUCGUUGGAAUUGCUGCUGUUCAGAUAGGAAUGGUAGACGUGUUGAAGGCAGUUGGCAUAGAACCAGAUGGAAUGUUUGGACAUUCUCUGGGUGAAAAUGGAUGCGCAUAUGCUGACGGAUGCUUUACAAGAUAUCAGACCAUCAUGGCAGCUUAUUUCAGAGGAAAAGCUUCUCAAGAAACACCACUGAAGAAAGGAUUGAUGGCUGCUGUUGGUUUAGGAUACGAUAAACUCACCGACCUACCCGAAAAUGUGCAAAUUGCCUGUCAUAAUUCUGCGGACAGUACAACGAUUUCUGGACCUCUGGAUGAAGUUCAAGCCUACAUGGAUGAGUUGAAGAGGCAAAAUAUUUUCGUACGAGCUGUAAAUUCAAAUUACGUGGCGUAUCAUUCGAGACAAGUCAGACCACUAGCACCUUUUGUCCUCGAGAAUGUUUCAAAGGUGGUACCAGAACCGAAAAAAAGAUCCUCUCGUUGGAUUUCCACAUCAGUUCCUGAGCAAAACUGGAACACCCCCGCAGCUCAAUAUAGUUCAGCUCAAUAUCACGUCAAUAAUUUCUUGGGAACAGUUUAUUUCGCCGAAGCAUGCGCUCAUAUUCCCGAGGAAGCGAUUGUGAUUGAAAUUUCACCUCAUGGAUUGUUUCAAGGUAUUUUGAAAAGAACUGCUCCAGAAUCGUGCUUCUGUAUCCCAUUGGGCAAGCGAGAAAUCAGUAGCCCGUUGAAUUUCUUGCUGAGUUCUAUCGGAAAGCUUUAUGUGGUUGGCUUGCAACCUGAUGUCAAUGCUAUCUAUCCUGCUGUUGAAUACCCUGUCGCGAAAGGAACGCCUAGUUUGGCCACCCUGGCGACGUGGAAUCAUGAAAAUGACUGGGAAUUGAAUGUUUAUCCUGAUACGUCAAAAAUAAAACCAUUGGAAAUCAGCCUUCGAGAUCAGAAAUGGAGAUUUUUAACAGGAUAUAAAAUUCAAAAUAAAAUUUUAGUGCCAUUUACAUUAUUUUUGUUUGAGACUUUACAAGCUUAUGAAACAAAUGAUCCUAUUUUGGUUUUUGAAAACGUCAAUAUUGAAAAUUUUGUAGAGGUUACUACCAACAAUUGCGUUUCUGUUUACACUCAAGUUCAAUACGGAAGUGGUAAUUUUGAAAUAACACAAGACAACACCGUAAUAAUGAAUGGAACAUUGAAAUAUUCGCAAGAAAAUCUUACACCAUACGAAGAAUCCAGCGAAAACGAUCUCAACGAUUGCAUAACAUUCAAUCGAAACGAAAUCCAAGAAAUUUUCCAACAACAUUCGAUGUACUUUUCACAACAAUUCAGUCGCAUCGUUGAAAUUAUAUUCACCAACGAAGGAUGUCACGCUUCAUUGAUUUGGGAGGAUAAUUUAUCAUACCUAAUCAACACCAUUGCUCACGUGAUAAUGCUUUACGAUUUGUGUACCAAAGAAAGUGGUGCAGUUUUGCCUUCUUUCUUCCUUAGAUUGGCUAUCGAAAUGGAAAAAUAUUCGAAUAUGCAAUCAGGAACCGUGGUCAAUAUUACAUACGAUAAGAACACAAAUAUUGUCAAAGGACCUGGUUUAGAGUUGGCUGGUUUUCGAACCACUUUUAUACCUGCAACGUCGAGUAAAAAUGACCUUUUGUUACAAGAUAUACAGUUUGUGCCUUAUAAUAAUCCUCAGACUCAGAGCAUUGAAAACUUUUUCAAUUUAUGCGGUCAAAUUAUUGGUGAAACAUUUUAUACAGAAGUUGAGUUGGAUAAGAGCGAUAAAUUACCUCCGGUCAAUGUUAUUCUGGCAAAUGAUCUCAAUGAAGAUAAAUUUCAUAUCAAAUUGCUUCUGGAAAUGUUAUACAGAGAGCUACCUGAAACUCAGAUUGAUGUUACGGUACACGAUGAAAAACAUUUCAAAAAUGGUAAAAGGCGAAGUGCCAAGUACAGCAAAUACUUCAUUGUCUGCGAAGAAACCGAAUCAUUUGCUAAUGGACUGUCUCAAAUUGGCGAUUUAGCCGAAGAUGUAUUUCUGUUAUGUUUUGGUAAAAAGUCAAAAACUCUCGACCAAUUCAUCAAAAUAACUGAAGAAGAUACCAAGCAAUAUACCAUGUCACUUUGGAAGAAGAAGAUCCCCAUAAACGAAAAUGUACUGAAAAUUUCACCUUACAAAGAUUCUCAUUGGUUAGAAGACUUGGAAGAAGAUUUAUAUGGUGUAACAUCUCAAAAAUCUAUUUUGUUACAAUGGAAUUCAGAUUACGUGGUUGAUGUUAUGGACGUUAUCAAUCAAAUUAGUGCAGCUGGACCAGUUCAUUCCUUGAGAUAUCUUGUUAUAAUGGAUAAAGACGCCCCUCCAUAUUCGAAAGAUUCCGAAUUUUACCAAAGUCAAUUGGAAAAGGGUUUGAAGAUGAAUAUUUACAAAGAUGGCACAUGGGGCAGUAUCAGACAUUUAUCGUUAGUGAGGACAUUGUCUAUGUUGACGGAUAUUCAAAAAUUCGCUUUGAGAGCUAAAAAGUUGAAAGACAUCAAUGUAGAGUAUAUUUCUGUGCAUAAAUCUUACCAAAAAACUCGAUAUCCGUUUGAUAACAAUGUUUACGAGUUUUCGGGCACAAAGAUUUCGAAUAAGCGAAAAGUGAUGGGACUUGUUAACUUGAAAGAUAACGAUACCAGUGAUGUUAAUCCUUUGCUCAGCUGGUCAGUUCCUGAGCAAUGGUCCUUAGAAGAUGCGGUUACUAUACCAUUAACUUACGUUAAAGCCUAUUAUGCUCUGGUAAUACAAGGAAAAAUGGAAAGCGGCUUUCAAGUUUUGGUCCACAAUGGCCAUUCGAUGUUGGGUGAAGCGUGCAUAGCUAUCUCAUUAAGCUUAGAAUGUGAAGUAUUUACUUCAGUUGACACCAAUGAACAGGCAAACUACUUGAUGAAGAGAUUCCCAAAAAGCGAACAUUUGCUUCGAAUAUUUUCAACUCAAGAGAAACAAAUCGACAUCGAAGUUCUGAAAGCUACCGGUAGCAAAGGCGUCGAUAUUAUUGUAAAUGCUGAAAAUGAAAGACAAGUCAAACAAUCGGCGUCGAGUUUGAAGCACUUUGGUGUAUUUAUUCAUUCGUCUCAGAACGAUGUCUUGGCGAAAUCUGAACUUGGAAUGAGUUUCUUUUUAACGAGUGCAACUAUGCAUGGCCAAACGAAUCUGUCACAUUUACAAAGUCAACCCCAUAUCAUAAGUCAACUGCAACGAUUGGUGGAUGCAGCUUUAAAAUGUAACAUUAUCACUCCUUUCCAAAGAACAGUAUACGAAGCCUUAGAUGAGUUGCAAAUUAACAGAGCAUUAGCAGAAAACGACAGUUCCCGUAGUUUAGUCAUUAAAAAAAUUUCCGAGCCAAAUCAACGCAGUGAUGUAUUCUUAUGCGAUUCUGAAAAAACAUAUUUAAUCAUAGGAAACAAAACUGAAAUUUGGUUCAGUCUGAUAACGUGGCUUUUACAGCAUAAUGCCAGGAAAUUAGUACUAAUCGAAGAAACUUACGAUGAAAAUGAUUACAACCAGUUUCAAAAACGAUUCGAAAUAUUUAUUCAAAAUUAUCCAGAUUUGUCCACAAUUCGCUUAUCAUCGAGCUGUGUGAAUAAUAAAGAAGAAACCAUCGACAUGAUUCGUACUGUUAAUAAUUUAGCUCCUUUGGACCUGGCUUUUUGCCUAUCACUGGAUGAAGAACAAAUGAACAACCUAAAUAGUGGACUAACGCAAUACGCCGAUGAAUUAAGGCAAUUAAUAUGCCUACAAUGUGAUGCCUCCAAAGUGAGCGAAAGUCGACAUCAAAAAUCACUCCCUGCCUUGAACAUAAUUUGGGACAGAAGUAUAACCGAAUCAGCGUUCCUGAUCAGAAGUAUUGAAAAGAUUGUAAAUAGCUGUUGGAGUCUAAAUUCACCUCUCAUAUAUAUGGCCGAUUCGUCACAAUUUUGUUACAAAUUUGAUCACUCGAAGCUGACCAAAAUUGGAGAAUUUUUGCCCCAAUAUUCGGAAAUCGAUUGCUUUGAAAAUAGUUUCUCGACGACUCCUGUUUUUGAAAAAGUUGUCUCCAAGGUUUCGGAUUAUGACACGAGGACGCAGCUGUUUCCGAUUUUCGUCAUACCAGGAUUGCACUCUAAACGAAUCCAGCCCAUUAUUAAAAAUCUCAUGUAUCCUGUAUUCUGCGCUAAAUCGUCACUAGCCUAUUUGUCACCCAGAAAUACCGCCAUGUUAUUAAUUCAGGCUCUUAAACAAAUCCAACCUACUGGACCUUAUACAAUAAUAGGCGAAUCGUGGGGUGGUGUUGUGGCCAUGGAGUUGACAUCUUUACUCGAACAAAACCACGAAGAUCGAGUCCAACUUAUUCUCAUCGAAGGCAUUCCAAAAGAUAUGCAAGAUAAACUAACAGUUUUGGGAAAAUUCGGAAGUCGCGAAUUUUUAGAUAAUUUGUGUGAACUUUGCUUUGACCAAAAGAUCAAUAAAGCAGUGACAGAAGACGAUAAAUACAAUAUUGAUAAAGAUCAAAUGAAAUUUUUGGAAUUACUGCAAAGGAAACUUACUUCCAUUUACCACUACUCGCCAUCAAAUUUGAAUAUCAACAGUCAAGUGAUCGCUGUCAAAUCAUUAGAUGAUGAUGUUCUGAACACGUAUAUCAAUUUCGAAGGGCUUUAUGGACCUCACUUAGAUUUGAAAAUUUUUAAAGAGGAAAAAUACAUCGAUUUACUCGAAAGUAAAGCUCUAUCGACAGUCAUCAACGAUAACGUGUUAUUUAAAUGGUAGUUAAAAGAAACUUUUUUUGUACACUAAACGCACCUUAUUAUUUUUCUAAUUUGAUAAAUCAUUUGUAUUCGUGAAAUAAAUAAAAAAUUUAUUUUAAUA